AUGCUACGCCAGUCCGACUUCAAGAUUGCCAUCGUCGGUGCCGGUCCAGCCGGGCUUACUUUAGCCUCCCGGCUCACGGCCAGCUCGCAUUCCUUCGACUUCACUGUCUUUGAGCGGCGGGAUAAGCCCGAUCCAUCUCAGGUCUCUGUGCCCUGCGCAAACCUGGAUUUGCACCGAGAGCUAGGUCUUCGUGCCAUCAAAGGCUGCGGUCUCUACCCUCAGUUCCUGGAGGUCCAGAGUGCAUGCACCGAGCAAACCAGGAUCCUAGACAUAACCGGCACCGUACUCUCUGACACUACAGGCGACGGAGAACGGCCGGAGAUAUCGCGGAACGCGCUCAUUCAGCUUCUUCUCGAGUCUAUCCCGGAGGAGCGCAUCCGGUGGAACACCAAGGUGCUCGACAUCACACCAGCAAAUUGCAGCAGGAGUAAAGGAAAAGAGUGUCUCCGGUUCACUGACACGAGCAUUGCCACCACCCCGAUAUCAGAAGAGAUAUACGAUCUGAUCGUUGGCGCAGACGGUGCCUGGUCACGGAUUCGCGCUGCGAUUCCAAACGCCCCCAAGCCAAUCUACAGUGGCGUCUGCUAUAUGACAAUGUAUCUCCGUAUCUCGCGAGAGCAGUAUCCGGACAUGGACAAUAUGAUAGGCAGUGGCACGUUUGCCGUGGUUGGGGACAACAAGCUGCUUCUUGCGCAGCGGGCAAUCCACGGUACCUUGCGGGUCUGUCUGUUUCUGCAUUCCAAAUGCCUGGCUGCAGUACGAAAGGAGCUACUAGCGUCCAUGCACAACCAUAACACUGGACCGUGUCCUCUCCUCAACCCGGACGACCUGAUAAAUUCUCUCCCAUCCAAUCCCAAAACGCUACAAGAGCUCCUCUUGACGCACGACGAUUUCUUUGCAAGCUGGUCAGAAGAUAUCAAGCGCCUGUUGAGGAUAGCCUUUGAGUCCCAGGUGGCGGACGCCGAAAUCAUCACAAGGCCAAUGUACAUGCUGCCUCUGGUGCCGUAUCCGUACGCACAUCAGCGCGGGAUCGCGCUCGUCGGAGACGCGGCCAGUCUGAUGACCCCGUUUGCCGGUAGAGGCGUCAAUGUGGCCAUGGCAGAUAGCCUGGACCUUGCUGAGGAACUGGAACGUCUCCACUUGGUGACUGUGUCUUCAUCUGCGUCGACGCCUGCAGCGAUAUUCGCCGAUAAACUGGAGGGCGCCUUGAGUGCUUAUGAGCGGACGGCAUAUACGCGCGCAAAGGACGCAAUGGAGCUGACGUGGCGCAAUCUCUGCCUCUCGUUUAGUGAGAAGGCGUCGGACCUAUUUGCUGCAGUGAUGGCUAGCUAACUAUGGCAGUACCCCUGCAUGAGGUCUGCAUGCAGGUCUGAUAUAGGAGAUGGUUACAGCGUUUUAUUGGGGAGAAAAUGACAACAAUGAAGCUAGCCUGUA